GAAACGUUCGCUUCUUACUGUCAAUAUAAAAUUAUAUGAUUGCCGCUCAACUUCUCCUGACCUGCUACCGAUAAGCAAGCCACAGCACGCCCAAAUCUUUGCAACGGGAGACUCCCGUUGCAACCAAUUCUCAGCAGCAUCUCUUGUUCUUACAACACUCUUAAGGUACGUGCCAACUUCAUAACACAGCCUAGGCGUUCCUAUGCUAACGCGAAUUACAGAUCACCUACACGCCAUGCAGAUGCAGGAGUCCCCACCAAAUCUUCUCAUCACCUCUUCUCUCCUCCACUUCAUCUUCAAUGCCGAAGAGGAUAUUUUUUGCUUGGAUAUCUGCGGGACCAUUAGAAAGUCUCAAUAUAGGAUAGAUCCUCGAUUAAUGGGAACGAUCAUAAUCGGCAAAAACGCAUACCUGUAUGUAUCAAGUGGCCAUCGGUAUGAAGGUAGUCAAGCGCAAGAAGCACGUGAAUCAAAAUAUGGCAGCCUGCCGAUGUUCCAAUCUCGAAAUUAUCCAGCAGUGUCCGCACACACUUCGCUCUCCAUUAUGGCGCGUGCCGACUGCCUCCAAAUGGUGGUAGGCUACUUAGAUACUACAGAACUGAUACAUACCACCCGCCGAUUGUUAUACAACACCCCCCUCUCUCUACUUGACCUCGCCGCCGCCUCUUUGGCCGUCGCCUCCCUCGCCGUCGCUUCGUGCUUUUUGUUCCGGCCUGGCUAUCGCUGGCUUAAUGUGUACAGGAAUGUUUAA